AUGACGACGCCUAAUGUUCUCGCCUUCGAACCUGACGGUCGCCCCAUAGAUUUCGCUGUGUGGCUAGACGACCUGCAACUGUUCCUUCUGACCGAUGCCAAAGAUGGCGUUUCACUGUUCGAUUACGUAUCUGGCACUGCCGUUGCUCCUGCUGCCGAUGCUCCUGCUCUCGAACGCUCGCAGUGGCAGACUCGUGAUGCUGGUGCACUCCUAGCUAUUAGGAACCAUCUGCCGAUCACUGAGCGUGCGCAUUUCAGCCAGCACAAAACUGCUAAGAAGCUGUACAAUUCUGUAGUUGCGCGCUACUCUUCCCCGGCCACUGCAGCCAUAGGUCGACUCAUGCUACCCUACCUGUUCCCUGACCUUUCCUCGUUCACCACUGCUGAGGACCUCAUUUCCCACCUGCGCGCUACUGACACUCGCUUCUGUGCCGCCCUUUCAGCCGACUCACUUAGGGACCACUUCCUCGUGCUAGACCCCCCCACUCUCACUGUCAACGACUUCGAGAAGCACCUCCUUGCAGCAGAGAAGAACAUCCUCGCUCUGCUGCUCACGACUACCUUUGUGCUGAGGAGGUCGGGGCUGCUUCCGCUCCUAGUGGGAAGCGUCGCAGCGGCAGGGGCGGCAAGGGUGGCAGGGCAGGUGGGGGCGGCGGUGGAGGUGGCGGUGGUGCAGGCGGCGGGGGCGGUGGAGGUGGUGGGGGUGGUCGUGGGGGUGGAGGUGGUGGAGGUGGUGGUGGGGGCGGCGGAGGCACUGGGGGCGGUGGAGGGGGCAGCAGCGGCGGUGGGGGAGGUGGGAGCGGUGGUGGCAAUGGUGCCGCUUCCCUUCCCCGCCAUGUCGGCCGCCCCGAAACUCGGCGAAGUGACGCCGACUUCGCAGGACUUCCCUCUGUAUCUCGACCUGGGCAGUGGACUCACUGCCAAGCUCGACGAACACGACUACGCCGUCCUCGUAGACCAUAGGCUAGAGUUCAACGCCCGUUGCUUGGGAUUCGGCCUCAAGUACGCAUGGAUUCGCGCGGCGCCGCCCAACAUGCGAAUGUGGUCGAUAGGACUCGGCCGGCUUCGGGCGGCGAUGGGCAAGGAGGACCACUCAUGCUUUGCAACGGUGUUCGACGCCGACGUAGCUGUUAUCCCUCUGCAUUCGAGGUUUUUCCGGGCGGCGGUGCUGGCCGAGCUCGGCCGCGAUGGCCGGCACUGGGAGUGGCCGAAGCCUUCUGCUGAAGAGGUGGCGGCCAGGCUCGCCGACUGCGAUGAACCCGUUCGAGAUAAAAUGCGCGACACCGUCCGGGACAGCGAUGCCGGCUCUGGCCUCCUAUCAAUGAGCGCGCUGUGGUGGGUGGUGAAGAGGAUGGAUCGCCUGACCGGCGACGACCGUCGCAGUGCGACCAGCAUGGACAAGGUCCUCGUUUCGGGGUUGAAGGAGCAGCGAAUUCGGAUGAUGAAAUACAUCAAGGAACACGUCGCACGCAGACAGUCAAGCCAUGUCGGAGUUGGUGCCGAUGCAUGUGACGACGACGCCGCGGAGCCCCCUUCGGCAUCCCAAGCAGUCGGUGUCGCCGACACCAGCGGAGAGGCCGGAGACGGCGUCGACAAGGCAGAUGAGGAGGCAGAAAGGGCUGUGGCGAGGACAGCGGAUCAGGAAAAGGAGGAGGAGGAGGAUGACACCGACGAUCAGGAUGAUAACGAGGAGGAUCGUGAGGAGCGUGAGCAGGGGCAUGGGCAGGAGGAGGAGGAGGAGGAGGAGGAGGAGGAGGAGGAGGAGGAGGAGGAGGAGGAGGAGGAGGACGAGGACGAGGAGGACGAGGACGAGGACGAGGAGGAGGGGGAUGAGGAGGAGGAUGAGGCGGACAAGGAGGCGGCGGCGGCGGAGGCCGUGGAGCAAAGUUUCGGGUCGGUGGAGCAGGUGGCGGAGGGGGAGAAGCAGCAAGAGGGGGAGGAGGAGGUAGAGUUCCCCUGGGUCGAAUUCGAGAUGGAGGAUGUUGAGGGAGCGGCGGCGGUGGCCGUGGAGGGAGCGGCGGCGGCCGUGGAGGGAACGGGUGGGAUGUCGGCGGAUGUUGUGUACGUGCGAGGGGAGGGUGCCGAUGCGGAGAAUGUCGGCGUGGAGGAGGCGCACGUGGUCGGCAAUGUGGUUGGCGACACGAAGGAGGAGGAUAACGUCGCGGCCCCGACGCCGACGGGCGUGGAGACCACCACAGGGAACGCAGGGGUGGAACGCCGGGGUGGAGCGGUAGAGGCGGGCCGUCAACCGGGUUCCUCAGCAGCUGGUCGGCAGGCAACGCCGGCCGUCGUCGCGCAGCUGCGACAGGAGAACAUGUGGCUGAGGGCAGAAAAUGCUCGACUCGAGACGGCGCUCGGAGUGGAGAGGGGUCGGGUGGACAGGUUCGCGAUGGGGAUUGGCCACCUCGUGGACAAGCUCAGGUCGUUGGCCGACCAGGUCGCCGCCUCCGACCAGGACGCGUCGAGUCGGCUGAUGGACGCGUCCUUGACCAUGGCGACGACCGUGACGGAGAACAUCACCGCCAACAUGGGUGAAGCAUGGGAGGCGAUGAAGGCGUACGCCGAGAGGGCGGAGAGCUGGUUGGACGAUCUAGAGAAUCCGGAGGGGUUUAUGGCGGUGCAACGUGCGAACGCGGUCGUCGCCCUGGGCAACCACGUGGACGAAGCGAGGAAGGGAUUGGAGGAAUACAUAUCGAAGCACCUAGUCGCCGCGCAGACCAACAUCGCCGCCGCGGUAACUCAACGCGUCGCCGUCCCGCCGCCCACGCAGCCCGCCCCACCGCCAGCCGUCCCGGACGAGCUCAUGAAGUCUUUCAAGGCGGACGUGUUGAAGGCGGUGACUGAGGCCACCCAGCAGUCGUUUUCUGCGUCCGGGUUAAACCUCAUGACCCAGGUGAUCGGCCAUCUGGCGCCUGGUCGGCAUGGGUCGUCGCCGUCGGACAACGAGGCCGACAAGAAGGGUGCGAAAAGGGCGGGCGGCAGAGAUGAUGCGUUGAGCUCGAAGCGGAGCAAGGGAGCCGAUGGGAGCCGCGGCGUCGGCCAGGCGGGUCCAGGCGGCUCGCGGGGCAAGGGAGCCGAUGGGAGCGGAGGUACGAGCGUGGUCGACCAGCUGAAGAAGAACGGGGCCAAGGUGAUAAGGACGCACAGCAAGGGCGAUGGAAUCAGGAGUGCGGAGGGGGGCCCUGCCGACCAGGUUGCCGCUCAAGAGGCUGGACCAACAGCCCCGCCAUUGGUCGCUGAGAAGCCGGCCAGUCUAGCGACCGCACCAACGGCGAUAGAUGGCGGCGCCAAAACCGUCAAGGGACCGUCCGUCGGAGUGGCGGGGACCACGUCGAUCCCCCGCAAACCCCCUGCAGCUAGCAGCGCGCCGGUCGCCCCGUCAGCCGCCAACAACGAUGGGCCGUCCCUUGCGGCUACUCCAGCACAAGCAGGCACGUCUGCCGCCAAGGUUGACGCGGUGGAUGCUGCGGCUAACCGCGCUGGUCCGUCCGCCCCAAAGGCGAACGCGCUCAGGGAGAUGCUCGGCCGCAUGGAGACCCAUCGACAGGACGUGCAGCAGCCUCCCGUGGUCGGUACCGCGCCGGCCACAACAGCACGUUGCUCGGUCACUCCCCAGGUCGCCGCCACAACGUCCAGUGCCCCACCUAGCGCGCCUAUCAUCGCCGCCCGUCCUCCUGUGGACCCAAAGUCCGCGUUGCUUCGCGCCCGGUUAGGCGCACGUACUGCGGCUGCGCCAGCACGGGCUCACCCGGUAUCCAGCUCAUGCGCGUCGCCGACGUCGGUGACCGUAGCUGCACACACACUCGGUGCGGCUACUAUCGAGGCGGUGGCGGAGAAGGGCGUGAGUGCAGCGCUAGCCACGGGCGGCAGAUCAGUUGACCCUGCACAGGCGGCGAAGGACCACAACGACGCCGAUAUCGCUGCCAUCCAGGACCUGUUGGAAGCGGUAAACCGCCCCAAGCAGCCCUCUGUGCUGGCCAUCUUGGACUCGGCGAGUCCCACCGGCUGUACAGCGGAGCCAAAGACGACCACUGCUGCGGUCGGAGUGGGAAAGUCGAAACGGAAGGGGACGGUCGACGCAGGGAAAGCGAGGCCGAGCUCGAAGAAGAAAACACGGGCGACAUCGGCGAUGGUGAAGUCGGUGCAGAAAGGACAGGGGAUGUCGACGGCGAUGUUGGAGAAGGAGAAGGACGAGGAGAUGGAGAAGAAGGAGGAGGAGGAGAAGGAGAAGGAGAAGGAGAAGAAGGAGGAGAAGGAGAAGGAGAAGGAGGAGAAGGAGAAGGAGGAGAAGGAGAAGGAGAAGAAGGAGGAGGAGGAGAAGGAGAAGGAGGAGAAGGAGAAGGAGAAGGAGGAGGAGGAGGAGAAGGUGGAGGAGGCGGAGGUGGGGGAGGAGGAGAAGGAGAAGGAGGAGGAGGAGGAGAAGGAGGAGGAGGAGGAGGAGAAGAAGCUGGAGGAGGAGGAGGCGGCGAUGGAGGAGGAGAAGGUGAAGGUGAAAGUGAAAGAACGGAAGGGUCAUGGCAUCCGCCACGACACCACGGGCGACAAGCAAGGGUGGGUGGGCGAGAUUAAGGUGGUCGGGAACGAGAGCAGAUACAUCGGCAAGUCCCGCGACAAGAUGGAGCUGGCGUACCUUCACUCGAUUGUGUACCUCCUGUACGACGGUUACGUCAGCAAGAUCCUCAUGGUCGGGCUCACCGGCUUGGAGGAAACAGUGAUGAAGCAGUGGAGGGCGGUGUGGAAGGAAGUCCGGUUCUUGCCGACUGGGAUGUGGACGGUGAUAUGGGCACGGGGCGCGUUCCUCCCCAAGACACGGUUCGAUGAUAUCCUCGGGAAGUAUCGAGCGUACAAGACAUCAGGCGAUGCGCACCACGAUGCGCUUUUGCCCGCGAUCUGGUUCCCCGUCGAUGCCGACAAGUCGGAUGCAAUGAUGUCGGCCAUGAUUGAUCGCGUGUCCAUGUGCGCGGCGUAUGGGAUGGUCGCUGCAUCCGCGGCGAGAAUGGAGGGCGACACGGAUCAGAAGACGGCGAAGGUCGCACAGGCGCUGUCGGCCUCCGCUUGCGCCCUGUGGUGCUUAGUCGAUGGCGACGGCGCCCAGGUGGCUGAUGCCGUCCGCGAAGGGAAGGCGGCGGCGAUGUUGGUCGGCGCCAGCGAGACUACCGCCGCCGAGUUCAAGAAGGUCAUGACGGCGGUGCUGGAGGCCGCGAUCAGCAGGCAGCAACCCCUUGGGGAGGUUGCGCACAACGUCGCACCGGCGCUGGAGUCCACCGCUCUGGCCAAAGCCUAUCCAGGGUUGGAUGUUGAAGCCGAGGCCAAACUGAUCGCACGAGCGACGGUGGAAACCCUCGCGUUCUGGGGAAUGUGCCCCGUGGAUGGGCCGAAACUCAGGAAGAUCGGCAUCGCGGUGCCGCUUGACGCGCAGAUGGAGUACGACAUCGAACACGGGGGGAGGAAGAGGCCGAGGGGCAAGCAGGGCAAGGACAGCUCGGGGAAGAAGGGGAAGAAGGGCAGAGCGGGCAAGGACAGCACGGCGGCGUAG